ACCAUCCGCUGCACAAAAAAUAUUUAUUGUUGCCAACAGUUACGGAGGGCACUGUGCUGUCGAUGCUGUACAAACAUAUUUUGAAGAGUUAAAGGAUAGGUUAAUGGCUAUUGAAUUUGCGGCAUCUACACAUUCGAUUGAUUUUGUCAAGUCUAAUCGAUUGAAAAUUUGGAUACGUGAGAACUGUCGCAAUUGGCUCAUGUCUGAUCUGCCAAUAGGUGAAGAAAUCUUAGAUGCAAGGUUCGGCUGUAUCUGUUUAUCGGCAAAUUGUGAAUAUAACGAAUACGUAACGACCUCUGUGAUUGAUUAUGUAUUUGAUUUUUUCGUUAAAAACUUGACCAUGCCCGAUAUUUAUCACGAAGCCAUGGAUGAUGAUGAAUACGAUGAAAAUAUUCUUGAAAAUCUGGAUAAAGCCCAAAAAAUAUUUGCAGGUGAUUCAUUGGUUAACGAUGUGCAAGAUAAGAUCCAGUUUGGUGAUUACACCGAUUGCCCGAUAUACCCCCUUUCAGAAAAAGGUUCAGGUUCAGGUUCAGGUUGGGAUUAA